AUGGGUUCACCGUCCAAAUCCCAUAGCAAGGGCAAAGAUGCGAAGGGAGGGCCUGCCGAUCUUCCAGAUACUCAGAGCUGUUUCGUCGAUACUCACGGUGUGAUAACCUCGACGAUGAAUGACCUGCCAGGCUAUCGCAUCGUGAAGGUCCUCGGUACCGUCUACGGCAUCACGGUCCGUUCCCGAAACUGGGGCGCAGACAUCGGCGCCUUCCUGAGAUCAUCGGUCGGAGGCGAGCUCAGAUACCUAUCGAACUUGAUGUAUACUUCGAGGAAUUCGGCGGUGGAGAGAAUGGUGGGGGAGUGCAUGCAGCGGGGUGGGAAUGCGGUUAUCGCGAUGCGGUUUGAUCAGGGCGAGGUCAAUACUUUUACCCAGGUUUGCGCUUAUGGGACGGCUGUCAUCGUAGAAGAACUGAAAACUUAA